GGCGCUCAACUAGUUCGAACCUUGUCCACGCCGCGGUGUCCAAUUAAUUAAGGCGCACGAGUGGCCGUAAUGUAAUUAUGUCCAAUCAGCCCCUGCAGUGCCGCCAGUUCCUGGACUGGAUUGGAUGUGGACAAGGUGAUCGGCGCGAUCGUCAGUUGUGCGAGCGUCUGGCUAGCGGGCGGACAUGGAUUUCGACGAGGUGCUGCGGGAGGUGGGCUCCUUCGGGCUCUACCAGAAGGUCAUCAUUUGCUCGGUGCUACUGCCCGCCGCCCUGCCCUGCGCUUUCCACGCCUAUAGUCAGUUGUUCAUAGCGGCCACACCGCAGCACUUUUGUCGGGUCCCGGAAUUGGAACCGUGGGCCCGGGACUACGUGCAGCUUAUAAAGAACCUGAGCAUUCCGCGCAAUCGCAAUGGGGCCUAUGCCGAGUGCUCCAUGUACGCGAGGAAUUACAGUGAUAUUGUGCGCAAUCUGGAAUAUCGGCAGCCCUCGGAUUUGGUUCGUCAACAGGUCGAGGAUUUGCUUAAGUUGCAGCCGGAUACAGCUCAGGUGGUGCCAUGUCAGCAUGGCUGGCACUACGACAAGUCCAUAUACUCCAGUACAGUGGUUCAGGAGUGGAACCUUGUUUGCGACCGUAGCUUCCUGGUUACCCUGGCUCUCGUGGUCUUCGGCGUGGGCGGACUGCUAGGUAACUAUGUAUUCGGAUAUCUGGUAGAUCUGUGGGGCAGGCGUCCCUCCUUUUACGCCUACUUGCUGCUUGAGAUCACCGCCUGUGCGGCUAGUGCCUUCGCCUGGAACUACUACACCUGGCUGGGACUGCGCUUUGUGGUCGGUCUGACGGUCCCAGCGAUCCUGGCCAGUCCCUAUGUCCUGGCCAUCGAGCUGGUGGGUCCGGAGAGGCGAGUUUUCUGCACCAUCGUCUCAAAUAUCGCCUAUUCCUUGGGCCUGGUGGUGCUGGCCGGAGUUAUCUACGUGGUCCGCGAUUGGCGGGAGCUCAGUUUGGCAGUAUCCAUGCCCUUGCUGAUGCUCUUCUCCUGCUUCUUCGUGUUGCCGGAGUCACCGAGAUGGCUGAUGGCCGUGGGAAAGACCAGGAGGGCCAUGAAAAUCCUCAAAGUGAUGGCCAGAGUGAAUGGAGUGCGUGUGAACCGAGAUUUUGUGGAGCGACUGCAGCGGAAAUUGGCUAGCUCGAGAGCUUCGGAGGCGGAAUCAUCUUCGAGUACCCACUACGGAAUUCUGGACUUGUUCCGGGGACCCAAUAUGCGCCGGAAGACCCUGAUCAUCACGCUCAUUUGGUUUGCCAACACGAGUGUCUACGUGGGAUUGAGUUACUAUGCUCCUGCCCUCGGAGGCGAUGAGAUCUGGAACUUCUUUCUGGCCGGGGCGGUGGAACUGCCCACGUACCUGCUGCUCUGGCCGGGAUUGAGCUACUUUGGAAGGCGCUGGAUCCUGUUCAUCUCGAUGCUGGUGGGCGGAGUGGCCUGCGUGGCCACGUUCCUCUAUCCGGACAUCACGCUGCUGCUCUACUGCGUCGGCAAGAUGGGCAUUAGUUCGUCCUUCGUGGUCCUGCCGCUCCUGGCUUCGGAACUGUAUCCCACGGUGGUGCGGGGAUUGGGCAUGAGCUUCAGCUCGGUGGUGGCCAUGGUGGGACCCAUAGUUAUUCCAAUGAUUAAUCAUAUGGGCCAGCAAAUGCUCGUCCUGCCUUUGAUUGUGAUGGGAGCUCUGCUGAUCCUGGGAGGAUUUGCCAGCCUGCUGCUGCCGGAGACCCGGAACCGCAAUCUUCCCCAGACUCUGGAUGAGGGCGAGGCAGUGCCCCUGAGUUUCCUCCUCUGCUGCUGCGUGGAAAGUGAGCGAAAACCCAACAAUAUUCGGGUGAAUCCCCAGAGAAGGAUUAUUCCGGAGGGCGGAAGACCGGCAUUCCAUCGCGUGGACACGCCUGUUUCCGGUAGAAUUGCCUGCAAGGUGGUUUGUAGCAUUUGUAAUAAGGAAAUGCGUACUCUUUAGUUAGUCAAAAGUUGUUAACAUAGCAAAUUCAAUUAAAGUUUGAAAAUAUCGAUUUCUUUUUACUUUAUGGCGGCAUUAAAUUGUGUGCCAUCUGGCAACGCUGCAUGUUAUGUAUGUUUGUAUGGGCUUACAGUGGUUGUGGAUUAUUUGAAUUCGAACUUUUUAUAGCAAUUUAGAAUACUUUGUGAAAUGUUAAAAUAGUUGCAUAAAUUAAAUGUUAUGCCUAAAAUGUGUAAACAUGAAGAAAAUAUUUAAUCAUUUGGGGAAACUUGUACCUUAAUGUGCGUUUAAAAUUAGUAAAUUAGUACUCCCAAAAUUUAGAUGUCCAUAUUUUAUUUUCACACCUAAAACAUAUUAACGGUUAUUUUACAAGGAUUUUGAAUAAAAUUCUUUUUAUAAUUCUUAACUUUGUAAUGUGUAUAUACGUGUUUUAAAAGAGUUGGCAGGCCAACCGGCAAAUUUAAAUGGUCCAAAAUCAAUGCAAAUAAACGAACAAUUGGACAUCUAUCAACACCAAUUAAAGUAGCAUAUUUCUUUAGAUCCAACACAAUUUGUACUCCAAUGACCUCGCAAGUACAUAAUAUAAACGCGAACAUUUGCAUUAACCUUAAUAAGUUAUUAUGGGUCGUCGAAAAAUGAUAAGGGACCGCAACCGCUUGUUUAUGCACAUAUAGAAGCUUCAAGAAACAUUCCGGUUGAACUGGUCUAAUCGCAAUUUUAAGCCAAUUUAAAGGUGACUCAUUGGAAGAUUUUCAAACCAUAACACACGAAUACCAGCAUAAAGAUACACCGCAUGUUCUGGCUUUUCACCUUUGGAUUUGGCCAGAUAAUUGGGAAGUUACGAGCGGGUUAAAGUUCCCUUUGAAGAAGUGUUUUCUAACAUCUGGGUCUUUAACUUAUUAUGCCCAAUGUCAACAAGUUUUGACUGCCGCGUGCUUUUUUCACCGCCCCUCCCACCCCUUGAAAAACCUCACACAAAAGCGUUGCUAUGCAUACACACACAGGCUCACUCACACACAUGUCGAUUAUGCAAGCUAAAAAAAAUAAUACAACCAAAAGAAAGCGAGAAAUAUGGAUCUUUCGUAUGUUUUUUACAGUUCUUUUAAUGUAAUGCAUGUAUGAUGGUCUAAAACAAUAGUUUACAAAUUAUAAAAACGUUUUCAACAAUUUUGGUACAUCGAACGAUCGAAUCGAAAUCAAGUAGUUAUGGUCUCAUCUUGUUUACGUUUUGAAUGGAGGAUGGUUUGAGGUCGGGGUCACAUCGAAAAGUCGGAAAUUCGGGAAAAUCGGUAGGAGCUAGUGCUAAAAAUAUAUUCCUCUGUCUUCGCGACCUGGCAAUGACUUCUUCUGGAGUGUCUGCGUUAUUCCCCUAAUCACCUCGCUUCAAAUUCUUCCGAAAACCGUAUAUAUAUAUCGUAUAUAGUGUGUAUUACGAGCGCAUAUAUCUAUAGAUACAUCUGUGUAUGUUCUUGGGAGGGCGGCAAAAAUUAGAAUGUGUGUUGUUUGGACUGUUGUUCUUUUUUUUCUUUGUUGGUUAAGGAAACGUGCUUUAAUCGCUUUGGAAAAUACAUUUGACGGUUCCAAACUAUGACUAUUAGAUUAAGAUUGAAGGGUUCCCUUAGUAUGUUAAGUAUAGUUAUUAUGCUUAUGUGUUCUGUUCAGCGCUCACUCGGAUGCCUUUAUUUUUUGUAUUUUAGUAUAGUGUGUAGCAUGACCCCCAAAAAGUGGCUGAAGGGAGCACGAAGGAUGGCCCAUCCAGGGCAGAACGGCCACAGA